UGGAUAACGGUACACGUGCAUGAGGCGAUAUAAGCAGCCUUGGCCAUCUUGUACCCGUUUAACGGUUAAUGACGUCUUAACAGUUACAGCUUGUGGCUAAGAUGGUAGAUAAGGUUCCUGCUGAGAAACUGAAUGAAUACCAAGAGGCGUUCCAGUUGAUUGACAAGAACAGCGAUGGCGUGCUGACGUUGCCGGAACUGCGGUCGGUGAUGAAGUUGCUGGACAAGGACCCCACCGACGAAGAACUGAGGGACAUGAUGAGGGAAGCUGAUGAGGACGGUGACGGGAGCGUGACGUUCCUCGAGUUCGUGAAGCUGAUGGAGAAGAAGAGAGGAGAGCCUGACGAGGAGCAGCUACUGAACUACUUCCGCAUAUUCGACAAGGACGGGGACGGUCGAAUAGGUGCAGCGGAGUUGAGGAACGUCUUCACCAGCCUUGGGGAGAAAAUCUCAGAUGAGGAGGUUGACAACAUCAUCAGAGAAGCGGACGCCGACUGUGACGGACACAUCAACUUUGAAGGUUUGUAUGCAGAUCAGCUGACAGAAGAACAAAUUGCUGAAUUCAAAGAGGCCUUCAGCCUUUUCGACAAAGACGGUGAUGGCACCAUCACAACCAAAGAGUUGGGAACCGUCAUGAGGUCGCUAGGUCAGAACCCAACAGAGGCAGAGUUGCAAGACAUGAUCAACGAAGUAGAUGCCGAUGGGAAUGGAACGAUAGAUUUCCCAGAGUUCCUGACAAUGAUGGCCAGAAAGAUGAAGGAUACUGACUCAGAGGAGGAGAUUAGAGAAGCAUUCCGAGUGUUCGACAAGGACGGCAACGGGUUCAUCAGUGCAGCUGAGUUGAGGCAUGUCAUGACAAACUUGGGCGAGAAGUUGACGGACGAGGAAGUAGAUGAAAUGAUCAGGGAAGCAGAUAUUGAUGGUGACGGACAAGUAAAUUAUGAAGAAUUUGUGAAAAUGAUGACAAGCAAGUAGACAGCAUUGUUUCGCCUAGUCUUCCGUUCAUCCAGCUGCCUUUCUGUCAUCCUCGUCUGUCAACAUAUUGUCUCUUCAAUACAUUCCAUCGUUGUUUGUUGUGAAAAUGGACCAACAAUCAUUGUUUUAUGAGGUUUCAUCAUAAAGAAUGCAAAUUUUUAUAUAAACAUCUUUCUUCUGAAUCUGUUGCCCAUUGAGAGAGAGCCUUGUCAGUGUCGGUGCUGGAACAAGGUGGAGGAUCGCCUUCCCAUCAGCCUCUGUGGUGGCAGAGAUGAGUAUCCUGGAUCUGAACAAACACCUACAAAACUGUUCCGGCUGCAAUGUUCCUGCAAUAUUGUCACUCUGAUGGGAAAUGGAGUUGUUAAUGAAAUGAUUAAAGAGUUAUUUUAUUGAAAAUCAA